GCCCCGUAAUGGCACUCCAGUUUAUGCUGUGUAUCGUCACUUGGUGCCUUGGUAUACUGUACAUUUUGGUCGCUGUAAGUCGCUUCGCCAAUGGAGUUAUUGGCUCGCACCACUUGUGACCAUCUUUUUCUCCUUACUACCCAGGGUCUCUCUGAUGUGAAUGUGAUGAAUGUGAUGCUUUUGAUUGCCAACAUCACUUUCGAAACGUUCGGAUACUGCUACCUAGGUUCGGAGCUAUCAUCGCAAGCUGCAUCCAUUGCCAGUGCCGCGUACCAAACACGCUGGGAGCGAUACUCUAUCGAACAGCAGAAAAUACUGCAAAUGGUUAUCAUGCGAGGUCAAAGGCGUUCCCAAAUAUCAGUCGGUGGUAGCGUCGGUGUCAACGUGGAGCAAUUUGCGAAGAUCGUUAAAAACUCCUACUCUAUUUUUGUGGUGGUGAAGGACUUUUUCUGAGCUGCCAGCGACAGCGCUAGUGCC